UCCGGAUGAAAAUUAAUCAUUUGUUCACUAUCAGAUCUGCAAUAUUUCUUCACAAAAGUAUCGCAUGUUUUUAGUGUUAAAACUAAAUAAUGUGACAUAAAACUAUCAAACUUUGGUUUAUUUAAAUAUAACGCGAUACAUAUGAAUAGAUACGAUAUUUAGAAAAUCACUGCGAAAUAAAUUAAUUCGUGUGAACAUUUUUGAAAUAAACAUCAUUGCCCUUGUACGUUACACAAGCUAUAAUAUAAUUCACUUGAACACGUGACUUUAUCAAUCAAUUUCAUCAUUCAUAGAUCAGUCAUAGUUAUAAUGUAAUUGCCGGGGGCCUAACUCGCUAUUGGCUAGAUCGGUAAUUGAAAUCAACACUACGCCAUUAUUUAUACCGACAACAUUUUAGUGCAACUUGCAUUAGACAGGAAUCUGUAUUUGGACGACAUCUGGAAUCGUGUGGCAAGGCUACCUGUAGUGAUGGGAUGUCUAACUGUCUAGGAAAUCUCGACUGUCUUCUCCGAGAAAACUCAAAGUGAAAUUUCUGCUGGAAUAAUUAUAACUUCAUAAUACGAUGGAACACAAUCGGUACUGUUACCUCGCCGUAGUGAUUUUAGCCGGCAUUGAUGUAUCAUUGUCAUUGACCAUUGAUUUAAACAUGACCAAUAUAGCUGGUCAGAAUUUAUCUAACACCGACAAGGCUUCUUUAAUUGCUGAUUAUUUCCUAAAGCAUGAGACGGAAGCCCACUAUGUGUACGAGUCAAUAAUGGCUUCUAGAGACUUAGCCAAAAAUAUUUCAUCAGGAAAAACAUCAGCGACCCCUGAGCUUCUGGAUGCUAUAUCAUGGUAUGUUUUGACGUCUUUGCCAGAUUUUCUUCGGGAUCAAAUUGUCCAAGGUGUAGCCGGAGUAAUUGUCGACGAGAUAGGGAAAGCAAUUCUACAUACCGAUCUAAAACUGAAUUCAUCCCAACCAUUUUCAGAUAAUGAUAUCCAAAAAAUCCAUUCAGAGUUCAAUUAUGUCAGGGCUUUAACUCGAAGUAUAUCAAUCGCCAAACCUCUUAUAGAACAGUAUCGCCAAGAAGACUGAUUCAACUAUUUUCAUCAUACUGUUGAACAAGGCAAUCGAGAUGACUGCUUUAAUUGUGUCUUCUCCUACCUUUCAAACUGUGAUGGAUAUUACCGUAGAUGAACUCAGCCAAGGUUUCCUUAAAUCAGGUUUACCACAACGUAUCGCUAAGGAAGGAACAGGGUUUCUAAACGACAACAGCAACACAUUAGAUAUUGUAAGGACAGUGAUAGCCAGUUCAAAUAUGGAGAGACUUGUAGCGAGAUCCUAUAUCGCCAGUAAACCAGUCCUCGAUCAUCUUUAUAAUGGCGAUACAUUAUUUCUCUUCGCCACACUGAUGAGCGGAACUGGCGCACAGCAAAAUCCAGCAGUCAUGUAUGCUUUUAAAAUGUUUGAGGCUGAUUUUAUAAAAACCUACAAUGAACAGACCAAUGACGGUACUGCAUCUCUCAUUACUGACCCAAUGAAUACGUACGUCAGUGUUUUUCAAGAUAUGGACUUCCUUGCCUUGAUGCCGACUAUAAUAGGUUCAGCAAGCGUGCGGCAGUUGUUGCCCUACAACAGUUCAACUGCAGAAUUCCCUAUCAACGAUGUUUGUUACCAAGAUACAGUAGACAUGUUGGACGCAGCGAAAGACGGAAAGGAUUGGGCGAUACAAAUGAUGGACUCGAACGGGAAAAUCCCUUCAGGAGUUUUAAAGGGAAACAUGAAUUUUCUUGGUAACAUGGACCAGUGUACUGUAGCUAGAUCCGACAUCAAAGCCAACGAAGUCAUUGGGAACAUCCGAAGAACGUCUCCACGGUAUCCACGAUCGGUCGGGUCCACAUUUUGUCGAGCCAUUAUAUCAAAUGGAGAAAUGGAACUUAUUGAGGGUUCUGGUGUAAACGGGAGGAUUACCUGGGGACUGUGUGUUCCUGAGACCUGUACAGGAAGUGACGUGUACGGACUUCUGAAAUUAGAUGCCUUUGAUAACGCCACAGCGAAUGUACAGAGGGUGGAAUGUCUUCAGGAAUCGGACAUAACACAGGACAAAGCGGCAAUCAUUACCCUGUCCAUUCUUAGCUUUUUAGUAUUCCUUGUCUUCAGCGGGACUACGUAUGUUGCGAUGGAAACUCGUGGUAUUAUCGGGGAAACACACGAGCUUGCUAAAGAUGAAGGGUUUUCUAGCGAGAUUGCUAGCAAAACUGAAGAGAGUAAAGAACACAAUGGGGAUUUGAAGGAUGUUCAUGUAUUGGGAGAAAACACCAUGAACACAAAUGGAAAUGCUGUUCCCGAAAAAUAUGUAUUGAACACGGAAUCCGAGAAAACAACACUUAACAUAACACCUGAUAACAAUGUUGAACAAUCGAAUAAUGUUUCAAACGGCGGAAUGAGCACAAACCAUGAGUUACCAACCCCUGAGUCAGGCAAAGAAAAAUUAACCAAGAGGAAAGAGAGUAUAUUUAUCAAGAUCAUUAAGGCUUUUGCCCUACAAAUGAACAUUCCGACGAUAUUGAGUGGGAAGACUCCUCCCAACGCUGUGACCUGUAUCAAUGGAAUACGAUUCAUAUCUGUUACGUGGGUAGUGCUUUGUCACAGUUUUUCUCACGGCUUGACUCGUCACGCUGAUAAAGUAUGGCCAAUAGUUAACGCCCAGGAUCUGUUAAAAUUGCCAGAGAGAUUUACGUUCCAAGCGAUAAUUUCGGGCGGUUCGCCAGUGGACACAUUCUUGCUGUUAAGUGGUGUACUUCUGACAUAUACCCAAUUGAAGCAUUUGGAGAGGCUAAAGGCUAAACUGACUGGAUCAACCAUAGGCAGAUAUGUGUUCUGUUAUUUCUUCCACAGGAUAUUGAGACUGACACCGGUAUACAUGCUAGUGCUUCUCAUAUACGCAACUCUGACUAUACACAUGGCAAACGGGCCCCUUAUGCCUGUUGAACUGGAAUCCAUGCAAUACUGCAAGGAUAAUUGGUGGACCAAUCUCUUAUACAUCAACAACUUGGUCAAGGCAGAUGAACAGUGUAUGGGAUGGUCGUGGUACAUGGCUAUUGACAUGCAGUUCUAUAUAGUUUCGUUAGGGAUUUUAUUCCUUAUGAUGGCAAAAUUAGGAGUCGGAAUCGGUGCAAGUGUGGCUCUGAUGCUGGGAAGUAUGGGUAUUGCAGCUUGGAAACAAUAUAUAUACAACGGAACCCUGUUAUCGUCCAUUCUCGGCUUUUUAGUAUUCCUUGUCUUCAGCGGGACUACGUAUGUUGCGAUGGAAACUCGUGGUAUUAUCGGGGAAACACACGAGCUUGCUAAAGAUGAAGGGUUUUCUAGCGAGAUUGCUGGCAAAACUGACGAGAGUACAGAACACAAUGGGGAUUUGAAAGAUGUUCAUGUAUUGGGCGAAAACACCAUGAACACAAAUGGAAAUGCUGUUCCCGAAAAAUAUGUAUUGAACACGGAAUCCGAGAAUACAACACUUAACAUAACACAUGUUAACAAUGUUGAACAAUCGAAUAAUGGUUCAAACGGCGGAAUGAGCACAAACCAUGAGUUACCAACCCCUCAGUCUGGUAAAGAAAAAUUAACCAAGAGGACAGAGAGUAUAUUUAUCAAGAUCAUUAAGGCUUUUGCCCUACAAAUGAACAUUCCGACGAUAUUGAGUGGGAAGACUCCUCCCAACGCUGUGACCUGUAUCAAUGGAAUACGAUUCAUAUCUGUUACGUGGGUAGUGCUUUGUCACAGUUUUUCUCACGGCUUGACUCGUCACGCUGAUAAAGUAUGGCCAAUAGUUAACGCCCAGGAUCUGUUAAAAUUGCCAGAGAGAUUUACGUUCCAAGCGAUAAUUUCGGGCGGUUCGCCAGUGGACACAUUCUUGCUGUUAAGUGGUGUACUUCUGACAUACACCCAAUUGAAGCAUUUGGAGAGGCUAAAGUCUAAACUGACUGGAUCAACCAUAGGCAGAUAUGUGUUCUGUUAUUUCUUCCUCAGGAUAUUGAGACUGACACCGGUAUACAUGCUAGUGCUUCUCAUAUACGCAACUCUGACUAUACACAUGGCAAACGGGCCCCUUAUGCCUGUUGAACUGGAAUCUAUGCAAUACUGCAAGGAUAAUUGGUGGACCAAUCUCUUAUACAUCAACAACUUGGUCAAGGCAGAUGAACAGUGUAUGGGAUGGUCGUGGUACAUGGCUAUUGACAUGCAGUUCUAUAUAGUUUCGUUAGGGAUUUUAUUCCUUAUGAUGGCAAAAUUAGGAGUCGGAAUCGGUGCAAGUGUGGCUCUGAUGCUGGGAAGUAUGGGUAUUGCAGCUUGGAAACAAUAUAUAUACAACGGAACCCUGUUAUCGAGGCUUGCGGCCGACGAUGGCUAUUUCAGAUAUGUCUACAUAGCUCCGUGGUGUCGCAUUAGUCCAUUUAUGAUCGGACUGGUGUUGGGGGUUUUCUUAAGAAAACGUCAAAGAAAACCAUUCAAGAAGAUGAUUGGACUUGCGGGAUGGACAAUCGCUACUCUAGUUGGUCUGACAUUAAAAUACUCAAAAUACUCCAUGCACAGGGAGGGUGGAGAACCGUGGACUAGACUACAGAACGCCUUAUAUGAGUCUUUAGACCGCCCCUUUUGGGCGUUGUGUGUUGCCUGGGUCAUCAUAGCCUGCCACAAUCAUAUGGGCGGUCCUGUCAAUUCCUUCUUGUCCUGGAGUGGUUUUGUUCCAUUGUCCCGACUUACCUACUGCACCUAUCUCAUCCAUCCGGUCGUGAUGUUAGUACACGGGUUCUCAAGGCGCUCCCUUUUCUAUUUGGAUGACUACAGUAUGCUCUAUCUUAUAAUUGGUCACACGACCAUGUCACUGAUGGCUGCCUUCGUCUUGGCUACGACCGUUGAAUUUCCUCUAAUUGCACUCUUGAAAUUAUUUGUUUGAAAAAUGUGCUGUGUCUAUUGAGAUAUGUGUGUUAGUGAUUUAAAUAACUUCAUAAAAUGUUAUUACCAAAAUGUUCUUUAUUUCCCUUGUAUACACCGGUAAUGCAUUUUACUCCGGUACUUGCAUACCGGUAGUUUAUUUUCUCAACGCCGGUUGACCUCAUAAGCAAACCUCGUUCUCAUAUGUCUUCCUGUUGGUGCAUACAAUAAUUUACCAAAAUAAAAAUCAUAACCAUGAAAAAUACAAUUUAUGUUUAUUGAUAUUUUAAAAUAUAAGCUAUUUUGAAACAUAUGUGUUUUGCAUUCAACAAUCAUAGAAAAUGCGCCACAUCAAUGUGUCUUAACACCCCUGGGUAAACACCAGAAUUGUCAACCUUAGAACGUGUCAACAUUUGUCUUAACACCCCUGGGUAAACACCAGAAUUGUCAACCUUAGAACGUGUCAACAUUUGCUUUCCAGUUCUAGUUUGCUAUCUACUAAGUGAAAUAGUGAUUUUUUGCUAUCAAAACUAUUCUCAUAUAUCUACUACUUCAGCUCUUCAACCUCACUUUGUAUCCCGAAUACACAUGGUAAUUUCGUGGGUUAAUAAUAGAAACAAAGGAAUCUCCCCAGCAUUACCUGUUAUGUACAAGGAAUGUAAAAUGACCCUUUUCAAUAAUUGUUUAUGCUAUGUUCUAUCACCUCCACUGGUAGCAUUGAGGUUAAUUAAAUUGUUUUAACUGACAAACUCUGAUACAAACAGGCAACUAUAUAUAUAUAUCAUAUAUAUAGAUUAUGAUUUCAAGUCUACCUCAUUCUUUAAGUACCUUAAAAGAUCCGGCCUACCACAAGGAGACUUAACACAAACAUACCGCAGCCUCCCAAAACACACAUACGCACUCAUCACACGCAUACAUGUCGCACGCACGGGAGGCCGUCCUUAAAUGACCUUAGCUGUUAAUAGGACGUUAAACAAAAUAAACCAAACCAAACCAAACCUUAAAAGAUAUUUAAAACGAAUUUUGAUUGUUCGCUGAGAACUGCAAGGUUAGAAAUAAAUGAACUGUUAAAUAUGUUUCUGUCUAUUUUAUGUUGUCUUUUUACACUUGCAUGUUUUAUAAAUAAACUUGUCAAUUAUGAUUAUUGUAUUGUCCUGACACCGAAAAAAGAUAUUGCAAUGAUAUCCGUUUCUAUAUUAUUAUAUUGAUACAGAAAAGGUGUUUGUAGUACUUUAGUUGAUAACUAUAUUCCAAUAUUGAUAUGGUAUUGAAAUAGAAAUAAAUGACUAUUGCACAUCCC